AUUGACUCUUCCUGUGUGUCUGUCUCAGCUGAUCAGGUGUAUGGAGACCAGGACAUGCAUGAAGUGGUGCGGAAACACUGUAUGGACUACCUGAUGAAGAACGCAGAUUAUUUCUCCAACUACGUGACAGAGGACUUCACCACAUACAUCAACAGGAAGAGGAAAAACAACUGCCACGGCAACCACAUCGAGAUGCAGGCCAUGGCGGAGAUGUACAACAGGCCAGUGGAGGUUUACCAGUACAGCACAGAACCAAUCAACACGUUCCACGGCAUCCAUCAGAACCACGACGAACCAAUCAGAGUGAGCUACCACCGCAACAUCCACUACAACUCCGUGGUUAAUCCCAACAAGGCCACGAUCGGGGUCGGACUGGGACUGCCCGCCUUCAAACCUGGGUAUGCGGACCAGUCUCUUAUGAAGUCGGCCAUCAAGACGUCAGAGGAGUCGUGGAUCGAGCAGCAGAUGCUGGAGGACAAAAAGAGGGCGACGGACUGGGAGGCCACCAACGAGGCCAUUGAGGAGCAGGUGGCCCGGGAGUCUUACCUGCAGUGGCUGCGGGACCAGGAGAAACAGGCCAGACAGCCUCGUAAGGCCAGUGCCACCUGCAGCUCGGCAACAGCGGCAGCUUCCAGCGGGCUAGACGACUGGAGCGCUCGGUCACCACGGCAACGUGACUCAGACCCCUCCCACUCUGACCUCACAACUCCCUCAUCAACCAACAACAAGCCCCCUUCCCCUGCAGGAGCUGCCCUCAUCCUGAGCAAACCCCCCUCCCCCUGCGCCCCAGGUCCCAGUAAUCAGAGUCGUCACCAUUUGGAGUACAGAGCCAUCAUGCAGGAGAUGUCACCUACAGCGUUUGGUAAGUGUCACACACUCAUUCACACCUUUGAGGACCUCAUUUAUACUGUGUGUCCCUGUGACGUGAGUCUGUCACACGGCCCUUUACAGGUCCAUUCCACAGAGAGGUUCAGACGUUCACACAUGUAAAACUGUUUGUCAUUUCUGAAUGGCCCAAUCAGACUGCAAAAACUGCAGUUCCUCUAAUGACCACUAGAGGAAGUUCAAUCAGUCCCCAUAGACUUCC